AUGAUGAUUGCAAUAGUGCAAGAAAAAUAUACUGAUGCACUUAUAGAUAGAUUUUUAGAUGAAGAUAUUUAUGUAACAAGGCUUUCUUCAACUGGGGGAUUUUUUAAAGCUGGCAACACAACCCUUCUGUUAGGUUGCAAGGAAAGUGAAAUCGACAAGAUUUAUGAAAUCUUUAAAGAAGAAACAGAAGCUGAAGAUGUCCAUAUGGAAGAAGGAGACUUCAAGGUUUCUGGUGCUACAAUUUUUGUAGUUGAUUUGGAAGAAUCAAAGAGAAUUUAA